AUGCUUGAUUCUCUGUAUGGUGACUUGCCUCCUCCCACUAAAGGGGAUGGUGCAGACAAAGGCGUAUCUACUCCGGCACCCAGUGGAUCGUUGUUGGGUUCUCUGUACGAUGAUCCUGACGAUGCUGCAGAGGCCUCCACAGCACCGGGCGCCCCAGCUUCCAGCUCCAGUGGUUCCGCUGCAGUUGCGGCAGCAGCAGCGGCUGCUGCUACUGCAACUACAGCAGAUGCAUCUAGCUCCAGUGGCUCAAUGUGGGCCAGUCAACGGCUGAAGCUUUUAACGCCGGCCGUCGUACGUCGGCAGACACUAGCAAAGGCUGCGCCGAAAUCGUCUCCGUCACUAAAUGUGCAAGCUGCUGCUGCAGACGCUGCUCUUGUUUUAGAACGACUCAAGAAGCUUCAUGCUGGGGUCCUAGCAGAGGAACAAAAACCGGACGGGGGUGCUGCCGCACGCUCCUCCGGGACAGCUGGGGGAGCUGUCGGGAAAGGUGGAGGAGACGGUGCAGGAACAGCAGAAUCUAGCAAGUGCCAGACAGAGCCUGCUGUUAACGUGGUGUCUGUAACUGUGGGUAGCAGCACUCCCUUGGACCCGACGGCGUGGGUACCUGUCGGUCUUUGGCCGCAGGAGUAUGACCCCGCAAAGCCGAACGAUUACGCUGCCAUUCAUAAGGAGAAAAUGAGACAGCAGCAGAGAGAAGAGUUGGAGAGGCUUCGACAGCAGGAACUGGAAAAGCAGAAGCAAGAUGAGGAGGCUUCUCGCAACGGAACAGGGGGUGAUGGAGGAGAUAUAACGACCUCCCCUGAGCCUCAGGCGCCUCUGCUUCCAUCGUAUAUCGACCCCAACAAGAAGACAUUUGCAGCGAGGAUGAUGGAAAAGAUGGGCUGGAAACAGGGGGAGGGGUUGGGAGCCAACAAACAGGGGAUUACAGCUCCUCUUGUGGCAAGGAAAACGGCAAUGAGAAGCGGUAUUAUUGUCCAGGGUCAUGAUGUAACGUCGCUCGGUCAAGUGCCAAGGGCAGUGACGUUCAACAUGGCGCCGACGCGUAUUUUGUUGCUGCUGAACAUGGUGGGUAGAGGACAGGUGGAUGCAGAUCUGAAGGAGGAGACGGAGGAGGAAGCAGCUAAGCUGGGGAACCUGCUCCAAGUCCGAAUAUUUGAGGCUGCAGGGGUGCCAGAUGAUUGCGCUGUGCGCAUCUUUUGUGAAUACGAGCGGAAAGAGGAAGCGACGCGGGCCUUGUUGACGUUUAAUGGGCGAGCCUUUGGAGGCCGCACAGUUAAAGCAAAGUUCUACAGUGAAGAACGGUUCGCUAGAGACGACUUGCGCCCAGACCCUGAACAGGAAGUGGACCAGCACGUCACUGUGACCAUCUGA